UUGGGGGAGAGGCAGAGAGGCAACAGAAAGCAAGCAGGAGCGGCAAAGAGAGAGAGAGAGAAAGAGGAGUUUGUGUGCAUUUUUGCCAGACCUCCUGCCUAGACUAGGAGACUACAAGGCAGCUACAGGCUUUCGAUACCACUCCCUACUAUCUCUUUCAAAACAGAAUCUUCUUUCUCCCUUCUACUUCCUUGUUUGAGCACACUAUAGCUCUCCUUUGCCUGCUUAAACUGUUGCUCCUUCCUCGUCUUGAGCUGGUAGUAGUAACUUAGUUCAUAGUCAGAGUGAUAGGUGAUGGACUUCUGAGCUUCUUCUACAUUGCUACUAAGUGAGCUGUGAGCCUUCUCCUCCUCGCUGGCCUCCUUGUCCCAGAGCCAUGGGGAAGCAGAACAGUAAGCUACGUCCUGAGGUCAUGCAGGACCUACUGGAGAGCACCGACUUCACUGAGCACGAAAUCCAAGAGUGGUACAAGGGCUUCCUACGGGACUGUCCCAGCGGCAACCUGUCGAUGGAAGAGUUCAAAAAGAUCUAUGGAAACUUCUUCCCCUACGGAGAUGCUUCCAAGUUCGCCGAACACGUCUUCCGCACUUUUGACGCCAACGGAGAUGGGACAAUAGACUUCAGGGAGUUUAUCAUAGCCCUGAGCGUUACAUCACGUGGGAAACUGGAGCAGAAGCUGAAGUGGGCCUUUAGUAUGUACGACCUGGACGGGAACGGCUACAUCAGCAAGGCAGAGAUGCUCGAGAUAGUACAGGCGAUCUACAAGAUGGUGUCCUCAGUGAUGAAGAUGCCAGAAGAUGAAUCAACACCUGAGAAGAGGACGGAGAAGAUCUUUAGGCAAAUGGAUACUAAUAGAGACGGUAAAUUGUCUCUAGAGGAGUUCAUUAAAGGGGCGAAGAGUGACCCGUCCAUCGUGCGUCUGCUGCAGUGUGACCCCAGCAGCGCGGGGCAGUUUUAGACCAGAGGCAUCAACAAACUCUUUGCUUCCUCGGGUUUCUCUUGAACCAUGACCCUCCUUCGCUGGAGCCGAUGAUGAUAAUGACGAAGAUGAUGAAGAAUGCAGCUGAAGUGAAAGAACGAGGAGUUAUGCACUGAGGACUUCUACUAUUGGCUAUAGGCCUCUCCUCAUUACUGUAAAACCACAACCCAGUGACCCCUUGGCCCUGUUAAUAUUGACCCCUCCCACCCAGAACAGAAGCUGGAUAUGAACAGUUUCUUCCUUUAAGUAUUCUAAGUUCUCUCUAAGUCCUCCUCCUCCAGACAGUGGACUUUAACUAAGUUGUAAAUAGUACAAACUGGAGUGUGUGUAUUAAUGUCUUUGUGUGGUUCUCUGUGCCCCUAGUGGCUGUAAAGGGAACUACAGUGCUCCCCUAUCACUCCUACAGUGUAUCAUAGUGGGCGAGAGACAGAAACCAAAUGAUGGUUAAGGCAGAACUAUUUUAUAAGUGGACUUGUGAAGAGCCUCCCUUCACUCAGUAUUGCUUAUCCUUCUUUUCUACUGUGAUAAUGUGUCUGGUGUAUUUUUUUGCAAACUUGAUAGACUUGGUGCAUAUUUUGUGCUGGGACAAAAAGAUAUGUAUACGUACUAUAAUGCUACUAUGCAUAUGCUCUCUUAUCAGUAUCAAUUGUAUUUUUAUUCUUCACAACCUUUUCUUUUCUUUUCAGUGGAAACUCAUCACAUCGCUUUAAGAAAUAGAAGACUUGUCAUUUUAAAAUCUGUCCGUAGUUCAAUUCAAAGUGUCUACUAAUACACAGCUAUAGUAUUUUCCAUUUGAAAAGUAUUCUGAUGUUUGAACAGAGUGGUGAAUCAGUCCCCAAAUCAUCAAACAAAAUGAAAUAUUGAGUUUUUAUCAUUCGUCUACUUUUGACAAAUGUGUUACAAAAGGUUCUUUAAUUAACUUUAAGUAUAAAGACACUUGAAUUGAUCUACUGAAAAAGUAAUAUUUUACUACUAUCAUAUGCUGUAAACUGUUGCUACUGCAGACAUUCAAAGCACAACUUUUCACAAUGUAUUUUCAACUGCACCAAUGCCAUUAUCUUAAGAACAGAACUAUAGACUUCAGACACAUAUGCAUGACUAUCCGCAUGUUUACAAAAGGCCAGUCUCCAUUGCUUUAUUCUAACUAGUGUGUGUAAUGUAGUCAGUAUUGUAGUCACUGCCAAAGCUGACCAUAUCAAUUUGGUUUUAGAAAUAAAGUGGAAGAAAUACCAUUGAAAAUGCAUAGUGAUUCUCAAUUGGUGUCAUUUCAGGGUCAGGAAUCUUUAUCUGUAACCAUAGUAACAUAAUGACAUAAUCUUUGAUUGUGUAAAAUGUAUUUAAAUGAAUUAAAUGUUAACUUCUAUUGUUUUUAAGAAUUUUUUUCUAGCAGUAACACAUGUUAAAGAUAUUUUACAGAUUGCCCCAUCAUUUUUGAGUUUGUGUACAUAAUUGUUUUACAGUCUUUCUAUUAUAAUUUCAUAUCAACAAACCAUGCCACACUUUAGGGGACCCUAUCUCACCAGUUGAGAAUCUAAGCAUAUGCCUGUACAUAUGUAUUUAAACAUUUUCAGACACACAACAGUGAAAGUGCCCACAUGCUUAUAUUACUUUUACGUCACCGUUUCCAAAGAGAACAGACUCUUGUCAUUCUGUAUAAUUAGGUCCAACCCUGAAUGUACCGAGUGUUGUUUUUCCAGAUAGAAAUGCUUUGAAUGUUUUAUGAAAUAAACUACUGUUUAGUUUUGUAACGAAAGAAAAGACACACAGAGUAAUUACUAAAAUGAAAUUGCUUUUAUUGUAUUUUUAUUAUUUUUAUUAAACGUCAGGUGUAACAUUUCUGUCAAAUGCAAAACAGCAUCUUGUGGUAAAGUGCCAAAUUAAUACAAGAACAGUAUUGUAUAAAUUUAUACUGUACAAUUGUUAAAUGUUGAACAAAAUGUUUGUAAUUGUUGCAUUUUGUAGGUUUUGUAUCCUGUAUUAUUUAGUGAUGGCUGUCUUUUCAAAACACAGGACUGUCUUUUGGUCCAAAUUGAAUAAGGCAAGAAAUAAAUUUACAUCUUUGUGUGCAAGACAAA